AUGAAACCUGAAAACAUACUUUAUUUAAAAGGAGUAUAUAAAGUAAUUAAUAAUACAUACUAAAAAGAUUGCUGAUUUUGGAUUAGCUAGAGUAUAUAAAAAUAAUGAAGAACUUACUAAAGCUGGUACUCCAAAAUAUGCUUCACCAUAAUUAUUUAUUUAAAAUGCUUAAUUUACUAAUUCUGCUGAUAUCUUUUCGGUAUAAUUUAUAAUUAUAUAUUAAGUUGGGAAUUAUUUGUUAUGAACUUAUGUUUGGAAAUCUACCAUAUCCAAUUAAUUCUAUUUCAGCAUUAAUGUCUAGCUUAUAAAAAUUAGAAUAUUCACCAGUUAAAGUUGAUAGAUCGAUUUAAGGCGUAAACUCACUUUUUUAUUUUCUAGAUGACUACAGAAAUUGCAGAAUUAAUUGAAAAUAUGUUGAGAUAUCAUGAAAAUAAUAGAAUAAGUUGGAUAAAUUUAUUUUCUCAUCCUUUAUUGAGUGAUAUUCCAAAACUACCUAUACCAAUAUUCAAACCAUAUGCUGCUACUUAAUAAUAAGGAAGACAAAAUUUUUAAUAAUCUGAUCCAAAUACUUAAAGAAUAUAAACUCCUAUUAAUAUUAUGCCAACAACAGAUAUGUCAGAUAAAAACUAUUAAAUUGCAUCCUUUAUCAAUUAAGUAUUAGAUUCUUUAGAUAAACAUAUGUAGUAUUCUUUUUUUAUCUAGAAAUCAAUAAAAAUCUAUACAAGCUGAUUUAAUCAAAAUCAAAUAGCAAUUAUAUUAUUUAACCUCUUGCUUCUAUGAGCAUAGUAAAGCUAUUAAAGCUAAUACUUUUGGAAGAUUCAAUUAUAGUUUAGCUGAUGUUGAUGCUGCCAUUAAUAAAUUAAAUUAAUCAAAAAUAUUACUCAAUGAACAAAUACAUAAUUGUGGAUUAGCAACAAGCUUUCCUAUGAGAGAUGUUUAAGCUGAUUACAAUGGCUAUUUCUUUUACUUAAGUAAUUUAUUAUCGACAAAAUUUCUAUUUCCAUACUCAAAUAAAUCCAAUUACUAUUUAGAAUAUCUUCAGUAUUUUAUUUAUUUAUCAAGAUUGAUAUUUUGUUUAUAGAGGUUGAAAGAACUAAACGAACAAAAAGAGUUUUCUAUCAUCUAUCAAUAAAUUAUGGACAUUUAGAAUUAAUUAUCAAAUGAAAUAAAUUUAAGAAGAUAUCUUAAUUCUAAAUUUAAUAUUUGA